CCCGGAAGGCUCCGAGCGCCCUCCCGGCGAUGCUGCAGCUGCGGGACGCGGACGAGCCCGGCCCGGCCGGCGGCCCCGGCAGCCCCGGCAGCCCCGGGGCCGCCACGCUGGUGCCGGGAGGAGCGGGGCCGCCCUUCGAGCCGGCCGUGCCGCCCGCCCGGCAGACGCUGCGGCCGCUCAGCGUGCGCACCGCGGGCCGCGCCGGCCGCCUCCGCCAGUACUUCGUGUUCCGGCCCGGCACCAUCGAGCAGGCGGUCAGCGAGAUCCGGGUGGUCGUGCUGCCCGCCGAGGACGGGGAGGUGCAGAGCGUGUGGCUGCUCACCGAAAUCGACCACUGGAACAAUGAGAAGGAGCGCCUUGUCCUCAUCACAGACUGGUCCCUCCUGGUCUGCAAGUACAACUUCAUCAGCCUGCAGUGCCAGCAUGUGACCAGGAUUGCUCUCAGUGCUGUGGACACCAUCUCCGUGGGGGAGUUUCAGUUCCCACCCAAAUCUCUGAACAAGAGGGAAGGUGUUGGUAUCCGCAUCCAGUGGGACAAGCAGAGCCGUGCCUCCUUCAUCAACAGAUGGAACCCCUGGUCCACCAACAUCCCCUACAUGACCUUCACUGAGCACCCCAUGGCAGAUGCUGACGAGAAGAUCUCAUCCCUGUGCCGGCUGGAAAACUUUCAAACACAGCUGAUCCAGGCUGUGAAGAAAGCCCACAAGGAGGGCCCAGUGCCAGGAAGUGCUAACGGGGUGUUGGUGCUGGAGCGGCCCAUCCUCAUCGAGACCUACCUGGGACUGAUGUCCUUCAUCAACAACGAGGCCAAGCUGGGAUACUCCAUGACAAGAGGCAAAAUUGGAUUUUAAACCCCCUGGCGUGUCACCUGUUCAAGGGCAAGUGAGUUGCUGGUGGUGCCCUGGGAAGAUGGUGCUGAGGGCAGAGCAUGUGAUAAAGCAAAGUUGCCAGGGGAAGGAAAAGAAAUGGGGAGGUUGUAGGACAGUUCCCAGGUUUUUUGGGGAAUGCACAGGUUGGAUUUGAAGCAGACACAGGGUGGUGUCAGUCUUGUAUUUUGUAGCUGAUUGACAGCCCUCACUGGUCCUUAGGCAGGGUGAGUGAGCAGUGGUGUGUUCUGUUUCCCAGUGCCUGCUCUUCCCAGUCCAUGAAGUGCCAUUGGAACCUGCUGCAACCCCCAGUGCACAGCAGAACCUUUGUGCCACGGCCCUGCUGCAUCCCUGUGUACAGUGUCAGAUCCUGUCGUGUGCUUGGGACUGCUCUGUGUUGUUUAAGAGGAAUUGCUGUUCCAAUCACCAUGGUCUCAGUGCUCUGAUUAAUGCCUGUUAGGAAUUUUCAAAGCUGUCAGUCAGUCUUUAACAGUAUUUGCUGGCUUUUGCUAAAGCUGCACUGUUCCACCUGCUCAGCAGCAGUUUGUGAACUCAAUAUGCAUUUCUGAGCUUCUUGUAGAAAUCCCUCUAAGAACCUACUGGAACUUCUUCUCUGUUUCUUUGCUGCAGUCACAGAAUAAAGACUUGUGAGAGAACGUUGCCAAAAGCCUCAAAAACACAUUUGCCUUCAAAGCUGUUCUUUGUAGAACUGAAAAGAAAUUAUAUUUUGGUUAGAUUGAUACUGUCAGCCAUUUUUUUUUAAACCUACUCUAGUUUGGGCCAGGACUUUUUAAUGGAGACAAAAAACUUUAAGCACUAUGUGUCAGCCUUGGUUCGUACAUUCCUGCACUGAACCUCUCAUCCAGGGAUGAAAUUCAGAAGCAGCCCAAGAGAUUACAGCUCUAAUUGCUGAGGAGGUGACUCUAACAAGCUUUUUCCUUAUGCAUGACCUUCUCUCCAUGCCCUUUUAUCAGAGCAUUUAUCUGCUGGAUGAACACUGUGCUGCAGUUUUGGGUUUUUUACCAUAAUGUAGGUGAGUGUUUGUGAAACUCCUGUUACAGUCUGUCCUGACUCCAGCUUUCCAAGCUUCUCCAUGUAUUUUCUAAGUUACCUGUUCAAUUUUCUUUAACCUUGCAGUAAAGUCAAAUUUCAACUCCUA